AUGGCACUGCGCACCGGGAGGACUUGGUUUGGGCAGGUCUUGCGCAGGGUCUUUCGGCUGCAGGGCUCCUGGUCCAGGCGAUCGAGCAGUCUCUUGUGUCUCUCCGCAAACCAGGAGCAGGAUCUGGGCUUCUGUCACCGGUAUCACAACAAGGCGGGGGGGUUCAACCGCUGCUCCGACUCCGGCGGCCACCGUCACCGGUGCGCACCUUUCUGCGCCUCCGCCUCCAGGCGCUGUCCACACGGCUUCCCCCACGCUUGCUGCGCCUUCCCGGGGAAUCCGAGGGGACAUGAGCCCCUCGGUCGCCGGUUCCUGUUGGCCAUGAAGCGGCAAAACGUGCGGACCUUGUCCCUGAUCAUUUGCACGUUCACAUACCUGCUCGUCGGGGCCGCUGUCUUUGACGCCCUGGAGUCCGACUUCGAGAUGCGGGAGAAGGAGCAGCUGGAAGCCGAGGAGAAGCGUCUCCAGGGGAAAUAUAACAUCAGCGAGGAUGAUUACCGCAAACUGGAAACCAUCAUCAUGGAGGCAGAGCCCCACAGAGCCGGGGUGCAGUGGAAAUUCGCAGGGUCAUUUUACUUUGCCAUCACGGUUAUAACCACCAUAGGCUAUGGGCAUGCAGCGCCGGGGACCGACGCCGGGAAGGCCUUUUGCAUGUUUUAUGCCGUCCUGGGAAUCCCUUUGACUCUUGUCAUGUUUCAAAGUCUGGGCGAGAGGAUGAACACUUUUGUCAAGUACCUCCUGAAGCGUAUCAAGAAGUGCUGUGGCAUGAGCAUCACCGACGUGUCCAUGGAGAACAUGGUGACGGUAGGAUUCUUCUCCUGCGUCGGCACGCUGUGCAUCGGGGCCGCUGCCUUCUCCCAUUACGAGGACUGGAGCUUCUUCCAAUCCUAUUAUUACUGCUUCAUCACACUAACAACUAUAGGCUUUGGGGACUUUGUGGCCCUUCAAAAGAACCGGGCCCUUCAGAAGAAGCCCCUGUAUGUGGCCUUUAGCUUCAUGUAUAUCCUGGUGGGCUUAACGGUCAUCGGAGCCUUCCUCAACCUGGUGGUGCUCCGCUUCCUGACUAUGAACAGCGAGGAUGAGCGUCGGGAUGCUGAGGAACGGGCCUCCCUAGCUGGCAACCGGAACAGCAUGAUCAUCCACAUCCAAGACGAAUCGCUGCCGCGGGGCCGGCGGCGGCGCGAGCCGUACCGGGCAGAAGUGACUGAUUUGCAGUCAGUCUGCUCCUGUAUGCACUACCACUCGCAUGACUUCGGCAGCUCUGGGGGAGGGAUGGGAGGCCUGGGCUGUGCCUUCUCCCAUCAGAACUCAUUCAGCUCGCAGCUGAAUCCCAAUCAGUACUUUCACUCAGUUUCCUACAAGAUCGAGGAGAUCUCGCCCAGCACCUUGAAAAACAGCUUCUUCCCUUCGCCCAUCAGCUCGGUGUCUCCGGGCCUCCACAGCUUCACAGACAAUCACCAGCUCAUGAGGAGAAGGAAAUCCAUCUAA